AUGCACGAGUACGCUCUCGACUACGAAAGAGACGGAUACGUGAUGAUCAUGGACUACAUGCCAAUAGACUUACACACGUAUGUGUCAAGCCGUCAAACACCGAUGACCGAAGACGAAUGCUGUAACAUCAUCAGUCAAAUAGUCAACAUUCUACUUCACAUGCAAAAUGUUGUUUGCGUGCAACAUAUGGACCUUAAAAUGGAGAACGUGUUGAUAGAUCCUGAAACGAAAGAGGUUAAACUCUGUGAUUUCGGACAUUUAGCGCAAAUAGCACAUUUGUGGACGGAUUCAACAUCGAUAGGGACGAAAUGUUACUGGGCACCAGAAACUAUUAAGGAAGGAAGAUUCUACCCAAAGAGAACCAUAGUAUGGCAAAUUGGCAUUCUCGCUUAUGACCUCUUACAAGAAAUUCCAUGGGAUGUGUACAAAGACGGAAACCUGCAAGACUUGACUUUUGAACGUUAUAAGUCUGGCAAGGCCGUGGAAUUUAUUCAAGUUUGCUUGGAACCAGACGUGCGCAUUCGUGUGGAACUCGAUGAAUUAGUGUAUAUGAGGUGGAUAGAAGAAAUGAACAACAACGAAAUGGUUUAA